CCCGUUCCCUCCGCUACGGGCAAGAAAUUAAAAUUUUAUCUCCGAGCAAAAGUCUCGAGCUUAAAGUUUUUCCGUAUUUCGUCCGAGCAAAACAGUUUUAUUAUACUGAGACAUGUUUAUACAAAUUAGCGGUGCGAAAUUUUAACUGCUAGUGGGAAUAUUUAUUUUUAUCUCUAGUCUUAGUUGUGACGGUAUUUUAGCUUUUUUACUUUGGACGAGGAAACUGGAAAAGUUUCGGAAUUUUCAGACAAAAGUCGAAAGGAAAAUAAUCAAGCCGUUGCACCUAGAGAGCCGAAGGAAGUGAGCAAGUUUUUGAAAAGUUUUAAUAAAGAAGCGACGAACUGCCAUCGAGGGACCCAGAGAGGCAAUUAAGGACCUUAAUGGACACCGUGCACGAAGAAAAUAGACGGAAAGUUGGUUUUGCGAAAUGCAAUCAUAACGACGAUAUUUCUGAAGACGAUGAGCCUAUAGGUGCAGAAGAAAUUGUUCCAUCAAAAAGUACACGUUCACCAACAACACAAACAAUGGAAUAUUGUUUUCUUCAUCCGCCUCAGCUGACAAUUACUGACACUGAUGCUCAACUGAACAGCAAUAAUUGUGAUUGUGCUUACAGCGGAGAUUCCAGCAUUGUAUCGUCGAGAAGACCAAGUGCUAUCAUUGCUGCUUUACGAAGACCAUCACAGACCGUAGCAUUAUCUGCGGCACAUGCCGUAAUGAACCAAAGACGUUACCUAUUGGGAUUACUCAACGACAGUUCGACACAAAGUUUGAAAAGAGGAGACAGCAAAUUUGAUAAGAUUAAAAUGAGGUUUGCUAAUAAAUUAGAAAAAACUGGAUUUACUGUUAUUGUAUCAGCAUUGUAUGCAAAAAUGCUUGUGGUGAUGGGCAUAGCAUUUCCAAUAACAGAAGUCCUUUCAGCCAAAGUGCAACCAUUCUACUAUCAAGCCUUCUAUUUGUAUUUAUAUUUGGGAAGCAUUCUUUUCAUCACUUACGAAUAUAUCAGUUUCAUGAAGGAGCGAGCUGUUAAUGACUUGAUAAAAAAUAUUCAAUUUCCUGAAAGAGGUGAAUUCUUAACCAAACCCAACCCAACUAAACCAGCCAAAAAAUACGGAAGUUUCUUUUUGAGACUGGGCGCCGUUGCCUUUGGCAUUGGAAGUAUGGUCUAUUCGGGUUUGGAAUUUGGACGAUACUUUGAGCUGAGAAAUAUACCAGAAUGUAAUUAUACUAGUCUGCAAGCUAUAACACCUGCCAUAAGGAUGAUAUUGACUUUAUUGCAAGUGCAAUUUAUUUUUCUUAAUCAAAAGGAUGUUGAAUUGGAUAGACACAAAAUAAUUUCGAGAUUUGGCCUGAUGCAUAUGAUUGCUAUGAACGUUUGUGAAUGGCUCCAUGUUAUAGUCGAAGAAACUAAGCACGAAAUAAUGCACUUGUCAGGCCACCACAAAAAUAAUGGAAAUUUUACCAACGUGUCGUUUCAAUGUCCGGAAGGUGAACUGAUGGGCGCUCUUGUCAACAAUGCCAGUCCAUUUUUGUUUCCAUGUACAAUCGAGUAUAGUUUGAUAUGUGCGGUGAUUUUGUUUGAAAUGUGGAAGCAUAUUAAGCAGGAACAAGAACACAAUGAUAAAGAACAUGAAAAGAAACAUAAACACAAAACAGAUGAUCUAGGAUCUAAUAAUGGAGGUUACCAUUUUACCAUCGAUUGUUCGAACUCAUAUAAAGGACUCUUUGCUGGAAUAUUGAUAAUAGUCCUGACAAUAAUUUCCUUAGUGAUGUUUUUCGUUUUAACCGCUAAAAAACAUGAUGAAGAUUCAGAAAACAAUUAUGCUGAAACUGAAGUAAACAUUGUAGAGCUAGUUUUGUAUGUCAUUACUACUAUAGCUGUAUUGGUUGCAAUGUUUAAGCUAAGGAAUUUGAAAUACGAACGAAAACUAGGCAAAGAAGGCAUGAGCUUAGAUGUAAUGCUUUUAUCUCUAGCACAAGUAGGAAUGUUCAUAUAUUCAAUGUUUUCAAUAAUUGGUUGGUAUUUUACCAUGGAAGGUAGAACGCCAGUUGGUUUGGUUGCCGAGAUAUUUUCGUUUACACAAACUGUUUUGCAGACGAUGUUCGUCCUUGACGCUUGGUGGAAAAGAUGCAAAAACCUAUCACAAGCCAAAUCCAAGCCUGGCAGAGAACUAAUUAUAUUUUUGAUGAUUUCCAAUUUAGCAAUGUGGAGUAUUAAUACACUUGAGAAAAAUAAAGCUGAAUUUCGUCCGACACAUCUUAAUUUUUUUGGUGAUUGGGGUUGGACAAUCAUAACACACAUCUCCAUGCCUCUGGCGAUCUUUUACAGAUUCCAUUCGACAAUUUGCCUUUUCGAAGUUUGGAAAACAGUUUACAAAAUUAAAUCCAAUUUUAAAAACCCAUUAUUCCCUGUGAGUAUGUGAAACCAAGUUUAUCAUAAUAUUAAUAAAAUAUCUUUCAUGUGCAA